AUGGACCCUAUGGCUCUCGAGGUCUCCAGUAUGUCCUCCAACCAAUCAGCUGAGAGCUGUGGAAGGGAAUCCACUGUGGAGAACAUGACCUUUGGGGCAUAUUACAUUCUGGUCUUCUUCAUGGCCUUGUAUGGGAACAGUCUGGCCCUGUGGGUGUUCUCUUGCCAUAGAGGGACAUCCACCCCAACCAACGUGUUCCUGAUGCACCUGGCUGUCGCCGACCUUUCCUAUGCGGUCAUCGUACCACUGAGAGCCACUUAUCACCUUGCUGGGGGCCAUUGGCCAUUCGGGGAGCUGCCCUGCCGGCUGGCCGGCUUCCUCUUCUACGUCAACAUGUACGCCAGCCUCUACUUCCUGGCCUGUGUUGCUGGCGACCGCUAUCUUGCUGUGGUGCAUGCUGUGAGGUCGAUCAAGGUGCGGAGGGCCCGGUAUGCCCACUUUGUCAGCUUUGCACUGUGGGCACUGGUCAUCAUUUCCAUGGUGCCCUUACUGGCUAGCCGACAGACUGCUGAGGUGGACGGGGCCACCGUGUGCUUGCAGCUAUACCGGGAGAAGGCCUCCCAUAGGGCCCUUGUCUCUCUGGCUGUGGCUUUCACUCCACCUUUUCUGGCCACACUCUCUUGCUACCUGCUCAUUGUUGACAGCCUGCGGCGGGGCUCACGGCUGGAACCGGCUCUCAGGCUGCGUGCCCUGCGGACAGUCAGCCUGGUUCUCCUAAUCUAUGUUCUCUGCUUCCUGCCCUACCAUGCCAGUCGCACUGUCUACAUCCUGGGCUACAGCCAUCCAAGUGCCUCCUGCCUUGCUAGGAGGAGACUGAUGCUGGGCAAUCGCUUCACUUCCUCCCUCACAUGCCUGAAUGGAGCCCUGGAUCCACUGGUGUACCUUCUAGGGGCAGAGAAGUUCCGGGGCAGCUUGCGAAGGAUCUUCUGUGGGGAUGGGAAAAGGCCUUCACUUGCUGUAACUGGGGAGCUAAAGGGGACCAAUGACAUUUCACUGAGUGCCAAGUCUGAGCUCUGA